AUGAAAAAAGAGUCCGAUUUGACUGACGAACAAUCGGAAGGCCUUCAGAACGAGUCAAAUGAGGAACAAAUGAAUGAAGAACUCGUUGACGACACUGUAAUUGAAGGCGAAGAGAACGUUGAGGCGAAUGACACACAAGAACUCAAUGACACGAAUGAGGAGAACGAAGACGAGGAGAAGAAUGAGGACAAUAAGAAGACCACAAUUGUUAUUAAACAACAGCGAAAUCCAAACAGAGUUAAUAAAAGUAAAGUAAAGAUGAUUGAAACCGAGAGAUCCAUUCAAACCCGCAACAGAAUUAAGAGGGAAUUGCCCAACAAUUUGGAGCUAAAGAUCGUUAGACCCGACGACUCAGCCAUUGAAUUGCCCCCAAAGAGAGGCCGACCCAAGAAGGUUGCGAAUAUGUGGCCANAGUAUGAGUUAAGACAAGUGCUGACCCCUCAGCUAAAGAAUGCUACGCGUCGUUAUCCCUGUCCUUUCGAGGGUUGCGAAUAUGUGGCCAAAUAUCGGUCCAAUCUAUGGGAUCACAAGAAAUUGCAUACCGGAGAGAAACCAUAUCGGUGCAAUUGGCCCUCUUGUGAGAUGCGUUUCCCUCAGUCACAGCAAUUGAAAUUACAUUUGCGAAGCCAUACCGGAGAGAAACCGUGUGAUUGGCCGGGAUGUGAGUGGAAGUUCCGGCUUAAGGGCGCUCUCACUGAUCACAAGAAGGCAGUGCACGAGGGCGUGAAGGCGUUCACAUGUGAAUGGCCA